CAGGCCCCGCCCCGCCCCGCCCGCCGGGGUCCUCGGAGCGCUCGGGCUGCGCGCGGAGCGGGCUCGGGAGGGAAGUCCCGAGACAAAGGGAGCGCUGCUGCCGCCGCCGCCGCCUCCUCCUCGUCCGCCUCGCUCGCCGGGCCGCGGCCGCCCGAGGGACUUUGAACAUGUCGGGGAUCGCCCUCAGCAGACUCGCCCAGGAGCGGAAAGCCUGGAGGAAGGACCACCCGUUUGGCUUUGUGGCCGUCCCGACAAAGAAUCCUGACGGCACGAUGAACCUCAUGAACUGGGAGUGCGCCAUUCCGGGGAAGAAAGGGACUCCCUGGGAAGGCGGCUUGUUUAAGCUCCGGAUGCUUUUCAAAGACGAUUACCCAUCCUCACCCCCAAAAUGUAAAUUUGAGCCACCGCUGUUUCACCCGAACGUGUACCCUUCAGGCACAGUGUGCCUGUCCAUCCUCGAGGAGGACAAGGACUGGAGGCCAGCCAUCACAAUUAAGCAGAUCUUGUUAGGAAUACAGGAACUUCUAAAUGAACCAAAUAUCCAGGACCCAGCUCAAGCAGAGGCCUACACGAUUUACUGCCAAAACAGAGUGGAGUACGAGAAGAGGGUUCGAGCACAAGCCAAGAAGUUCGCGCCUUCAUAAGCAGCGACCACACGGCAGCGUAAGAAGGAAGGGAUUGGUUUGGCAAGAACUUGUUUACAACAUUUUUGCAAAUCUGACGUUGCUCUGUACAAUUACUAGUCACCUGGGAGGGUGGGCGGGCGCCAUUUUCCAUUUCCGCCGCUGGCACGCAGUCCUCGGCGCGCUGAGCUGUCCGGUUUUUCAUACAGGGUCUCUUCCUUCGGUCUUUUGUAUUUUUGAUUGUUAUGUAAAACUUGCUUUUAUUUUAAUAUUGAUGUCAGUAUUUCAACUGCUGUAAGAUUAUAAACUUUUAUACUUCGAUGAGCCCCGAGGAGCUAGUUUCCUUUGCUCGCGGACGCAGGCAUGCCUCCCGCCGUGUAGAGCUACGCGCAGCCGCCCGCCGGCCCUCCCGCCUCGCUCCCCGCAGACCCCAGGUUGUGUUGCUUAUGAGCCUCAGAUCCAAAGGCAGCGGCGUCUCGUUUCCGCAUCACUUCCUUUGUGUUUAUAUGGCGUUUUGUCUGUGUUGCUGUUUAGAGUAAAUAAACUGUUUAUAUAAAGGU